CCGGGCGCUGGGCGGCGGCGGGAGCUGCAGCCGGGAGUGUGCGGCACGCGCCGGGCGGCUGCCCCGAGCACUGUCACCGGUGAUGCUGCACCUGGACCCCCGCCCCGACGAGCCGCGCACCCAUCAGCCCGUCUUCCUCCUGUGCUUCUUACGAUUAUUUUUUAGCACGCAGCCUUUUUCUUUUCCGUUUUGUCCUUUUUAGGGCGGGGGCGGCGGCGUAAGCUCGGGGCGGGGAGGGGGCGGCCGGAGGAUGCGUCGCGGGGCUGCGCUCGCUACGCCCGUUGCUGCUGCCCGGCUCGGGCCUGAGCGCCGAGCAGGUUCCCAAGUGAUGGUGGUUUACGUGGAGGAAGAGCUGAGUCCUGAGCCACUGCUUAGCACGGUGGAGCUGGUUGCGGCGCCCGCUGGCUGGUGGGCGUGAACGUGGAUUCUGAGCAUCUCAGUUGAGAAGAAGCAUGUCGAAGAAAGGCCGGAGCAAGGGCGAGAAGCCCGAGAUGGAGACGGACGCGGUGCAGAUGGCCAACGAGGAGCUGCGGAGCAAGCUGACCAGCAUUCAGAUCGAGUUCCAGCAGGAAAAGAGCAAGGUGGGCAAACUGCGCGAGCGGCUGCAGGAGGCCAAGCUGGAGCGCGAGCAGGAGCAGCGGCGGCACACGGCCUACAUCUCCUCACUCAGGGCCAAGCUGCACGAGGAGAAGACCAAGGAGCUGCAGGCGCUGCGCGAGAUGCUCAUCCGGCAGCACGAGCAGGAGGCGGCGCGCACGGCCAAGAUCAAGGAGGGAGAGCUGCAGCGGCUGCAGGCCACGCUGAACGUGCUGCGUGACGGCGCCGCGGACAAGGUCAAGACGGCGCUGCUGGCCGAGGCGCGCGAGGAGGCGCGCAAGACCUUCGACGGCGAGCGCCUCCGGCUGCAGCAGGAGAUCCUGGAACUUAAGGCGGCGCGCAAGCAGGCGGAGGAGGCCCUCAGCAACUGCAUGCAGGCCGACAAGACCAAGGCGGCCGACCUGCGCGCAGCCUACCAGGAGCACCAGGACGAGGUGCACCGCAUCAAGCGCGAGUGUGAGCGCGACAUCCGCAGGCUGAUGGAUGAGAUCAAAGGGAAAGAUCGUGUGAUUCUGGCCUUGGAGAAGGAACUUGGCGUGCAGGCGGGUCAGACCCAGAAGCUGCUGCUUCAGAAGGAGGCUCUGGAUGAGCAGUUGGUCCAGGUCAAGGAGGCCGAGCGGUACCACAGCAGUCCAAAGAGAGAGCUCCCGCCUGGCAUCGGGGACAUGGCGGAGCUCAUGGGUGUCCAGGAUCAACAUAUGGACGAGCGAGAUGUGCGGCGAUUUCAACUAAAAAUUGCUGAGCUGAAUUCGGUGAUUCGGAAGCUGGAAGACAGAAAUACCCUCUUGGCGGAUGAGAGGAACGAACUGCUGAAACGCUCCCGUGAGACUGAGAUCCAGCUGAAGCCCCUGGUGGAGAAGAACAAGCGAAUGAACAAGAAGAACGAGGACCUUCUGCAGAGCAUCCAGAGGAUGGAGGAGAAAAUCAAGAACCUCACGAGAGAGAACGUGGAAAUGAAAGAAAAGCUGUCCUCACAGGCGUCUCUGAAGCGACACACGUCCUUGAAUGACCUCAGCCUGACAAGGGACGAGCAGGAGAUCGAGUUCCUGAGGCUGCAAGUGCUGGAGCAGCAGCAUGUCAUCGACGAUCUCUCACUGGAGAGAGAACGGCUCUUGCGCUCCAAAAGACAUCGUGGGAAAGGCCUGAAGCUGCCCAAGAAGCAUGUUGUGGAGACAUUUUUUGGAUUUGAUGAGGAGUCUGUGGAUUCAGAAACAUUGUCCGAAACAUCCUGCAACACAGACAGGACGGACAGGGCCCCAGCCACGCCGGAGGAAGACCUGGACGAUACAACCACCAGAGAAGAGGCUGACCUGAGGUUCUGCCAGCUGACCAGGGAGUACCAGGCCCUGCAGCGAGCUUACGCCCUGCUUCAGGAGCAGGUCGGGGGGACGCUGGACGCUGAGAGGGAGGCCCGGACGCGGGAGCAGCUGCAAGCUGACCUGCUGAGGUGUCAGGCCAAAAUCGAAGACUUGGAAAAGUUGUUGGUGGAGAAGGGGCAGGAUUCCAAGUGGGUUGAAGAGAAGCAGCUGCUCAUGAGGACCAACCAGGACCUGCUGGAAAAGAUUUACAGGCUGGAAAUGGAAGAGAACCAGCUGAAGAAUGAAAUGCAAGACGCAAAGGACCAGAACGAGCUGUUAGAAUUCCGAGUGCUAGAACUCGAAGAGAGAGAGCGGAGGUCGCCAGCAUUUAACCUCCAAAUCACCACCUUCCCCGAGAACAACAGCAGCGCUCUCCAGCUAUUCUGUCACCAGGAAGGAGUUAAGGAUGUGAAUAUUUCUGAACUUAUGAAGAAAUUAGAUAUCCUUGGCGAUAACGGGAAUUUGAGAAAUGAAGAGCAGGUUGCAAUAAUCCAAGCCGGAACUGUGCUUGCCCUGUGCGAAAAGUGGCUGAAGCAAAUAGAGGGAACCGAGGCAGCCCUGACCCAGAAGAUGCUGGACCUGGAGAAGGAAAAGGACCUGUUCAGCAGGCAGAAAGGUUACCUGGAGGAGGAGCUCGACUACAGGAAGCAGGCCCUGGACCAGGCUUACCUGAAAAUCCAGGACCUGGAAGCCACGCUGUACAACGCGUUGCAGCAGGAGCCGGGCGGCAAGGCCAGCGAGACGCUGAGCGAGGGCCAGCGGGAGGACCUGCAGGCGGCCGUGGAGAAGGUGCGCAGGCAGAUCCUACGGCAGAGCCGGGAGUUCGACAGCCAGAUCCUGCGCGAGCGUAUGGAGCUGCUGCAGCAGGCCCAGCAGAAAAUCCGGGAACUGGAGGAUAAGCUGGAGGUCCAGAGGCGACACCUGAAGGAACUGGAGGAAAAGUUUUUGUUCCUUUUUUUGUUUUUCUCACUAGCAUUCAUUCUGUGGCCUUGAUGACUUCUGUGAGCCAAGAACUCGGGAUAGAAAAAGAGCUUAAUGGAAUAAACUGAGUUCCUAUGGCAACCCCAACCCCACUCAAACCAAAAUUCAACUGCAAAACAAGCUAUUCCAAGCCCAGAGACUGAAACCAGAAUUCACAUACACUUGACGACAGCUUGAUGGGGAGGCCUUUUUGGAUCUAUGGCUGGGUCCUGGCCAGGCCGAGCUGUAGGCGCUCUGCAGGGACAAUAGGGGUUUUGUGAGUCCCGGGGCCACACCUGCGUCCCCGCUGUGGUACCUUCAAAAGCCCGAGCGGCAGUGACCUGAGUACCAGGAAACUAAGUGCAAUUACCAGAAACUGAGCGAUGGCAGAGCUACUGCCCUGUCUGGGGACAGGCCCAUGUCCCUGCACUGUUUACCUCCCCUGGCCAUGGCGUGUGUGCCUGGCUGGACAUAGACCAUGUACAUACGAGUCCAUGAACUGUGCCCUGUGCAUCCAGAAUCUGUCAGCCAGACUGACUUGCAAAUAUCCCUGUGAUCUGAACACAAAGGCAAGCCCCAGUCAGCAAAACUUUCCAGGUCCCCGUAUGGCUGGAUUCAGCAGCUGGUGGCCAGAGAGAGGAGGGCCCGGAGCCUCGCCCACGGUGGAGGGUGGACCCCAGGGACCUCAGAUUUCCAAAGGGGAAGCCACAGGUUCCAUCACGCUCGUGGGUGUGACAUAGAGAAAGUCCCAGAGCAUGACAGUGUUUGGGGCCAUGUGGAAUGAGGACUGAGAGACGGACGUGGCCCCGACUCGACCACACUGGGGCUGUCUUGCAUCUUGGUUGUACUUUCACGGGACGGCUGAGGAAGACAUGCUGGGAUGUGGAGUGUUCCUGGACCUUCUCCGGGGAAUGAGGCUCCUUCCACAGUGGUCUGAGACCAGGCCACUCCCUUACAACCACAGAGAAGAUCUCGGGAGACCAGCCCCUGAAUCAAGCCUCCCAGGAAAAAGGACAGAG